AUGAUGCCAAAAUGCCAGCACAACCAGCGACAUGACAUUGGUGCUCACCAGCGUAUGAAAGCAGCGCACCACCGUGUAACAGAUCAUGGCUCCGAUCUGCACCUUGGAAUUGCCUUUUCCAGCACACCAGUACCGAAGACAACAUGUCGCUCUCUUCUAUUGGAGAUCUUGGACGCUGUGAUCAAGCCGCAGAAUUGCACAAGACUGCCCUUGAUAAGUGGCAAGUAUGUAUCCUCAGACGGCGCCUUUCUUAAAGAUUUGGAAAGCCUGGAGGAGCUCGUGGUCAACGCAAUCUUUCAUACAGUACGGCGUACAGCAGGUCACAUGGAUCUUUCGCUCCGUGUGUACUGA